UUAUUUUUUUUAUUAUACACAAUUCGUGCAAAGAUCGACAGUUGUGCUGUACGUAAAUUAACAACCCAUCGCCACCAUUUUUAAAGUUCGUGAAAAGCCAAAACGUUUUCCUGUUUAAAUCUACCUUGGUUCGAAGCGAUGCCGGCAGGCGGCGGGUUUGGAAACCGAAGAAAUUCGAAAUGAGCCGAAUAUUGCCGAAUCUAUAUUGUGCAGAAAGAACCAAAAAUUGUAGCAAGCAAGGAUUUUAUUCGAUAUUAUUUAAUUCGUAAUGUUAUAGAAAUAUCGAUUGUAGGAAACAAUUCGCUUUUUCAAAAAAAUCAAUUUCAAUAUUUUUUCAGUAUCGUACUCAUAUACAUUUAUAUAUAUAUAUUAACGGACAGGUUAUUAUUCGUAAAAAUCGUGUUUUUUUCGAAGUAAAAACGAAUAUUAAUAUAUGUGUCCUGCUUAAGGGAAUAUUACAUAGUAGUUUCGACACAUGCAAUAAUAUUCCUGUUUGAAAGGGUAAACGUCCGCAAAAGCAAAUAAAUGAUCUUUCUCGCUCGAUCUUCGGUUCGAAACCGGCUCGUCGGAAAAUACCGGUUUUUCGUAGCGGAUUAUUUCAAUGAGUAGGUGCGGCGGCGCGAUCGUAACACAGUUACUUCUCACUCAGCUCUAGCUCCUGUAACGUGUAUCUUGACUUUGAUUGUCAUUUUUACUCUCGCGUUCGACGACACACUCCAUUCACAGUAUUUUUGUUGUUGACUUUUUUGUUUAUUUCCUGAGACAGAAAUAUAAGUCGCCAUGUUUAAUCUAGUGUACCGCACUCUGGGAAUUCUCACCGCUUACAGUCACAUUGUUUUUUCAAAUCCCAUCGCUUACGAUCAACGGCAAACCGGAGAGGUUAACGUGCAAAUACAUCUUAAGGAUGUGAAGGUCGUUGCACUCCUCGAUUCCGGUCUCUUGGAAGAUUACGUGGAUUACGAUUACGCUUACGAUUAUGCAGACUUCACGUUAAAACCGAGCGUUAAACCAACGACGAGUAGCCCGUCUGUGUCUUCGAGUACGGUCAAACCUUGGGAUACGUGGCCAACCAAACCGGCGAGUUCUACGACGACUGAAAUUUCGAGCGACGACAAAGAAAAUUCGCAAUUAAACUCGACGAAGAAACCUGAAGAAACUACGAUUUCUGUGAGUUCAGAAAAAACAACCGUUUCUGCUCCGGAAGAGGAACGAACUACGGUGUCUCCGAGCGAAGAAAAAACGACAAUUUCUUUGAGCGAAGAAAAAACGUCAACUCUUUCGAGCGAAGAAAAAUCGACUAUUUCAUCUCCGAACGAACAAGAAUCGAUCGAAGAUGUACAGACUGGAAAUUCAAAACUAAAUAAAUCCGACGAAACAACAGUAAACUUACGAAUCAACAUAAAAAACGAUAACGAAUUAAUGAUUGCGGAGCAGGACGCGGAUGAAAAGAUAAGCGCGACGACGAACGAGCCCCAAAAAAAAUCUUGUCCCGUUCAGUACAUUCCAGACAGGAAAGGACGUUGUCGAAGCAUUAAAAACCGACGUCGAGUCUCGCUCGUGCCAUUGGCUGUGAGACUCGGUUCGAGAUUAACGGAAAAAGGAAAUUUCAGCUUGAGAAAGGACUUGCCGAUCAGAGUUUAUAAAUCGGAGCCAAAUCAGUGAUUCCACGAAUUCCCGAUCUCAAUGCUAUGUGAACUUAUUUUUUUUUGUUAAAUCAUAACCGCUCAUUUUGUACUUUUAUCGACGACGACGAAGCAUUGCCAGUGCCAGCUCAAAUACAGAAUAUAACAACUCAAAAAUCAA